UCUUUUUUCAAGUUUUGUUAGUUGCCUUUGUAAGAUGAAUGAUGGCAGCUAAAAACCCAAUUGAUAGUGAAGGUUUGAACUCCAUUUUUGUGUUUUAAGCACUUAAAAAUUAGGGGUGUUUCUAACAAGUUUUGUUUUUGCUAUAGUAACCUGUCAUAUAAAAAAGGAUGACUGCAACUUGAAUACCAGCAAUAUUAUUGUUCAUUAUGUGUGAUACCAUUAUUGUAAGAUCAUAUUGCAAAGAGUGAUAGUGUUGACCCGUCAAAGUAUAAGUGAUGAAAGGAGCUGGAAACUAUUGUUAGCCACCUAAAAGCGAACACUAUUUGCUAUUUGACAUUUGCAUAUGGUGAUUUCCAUGUUGUGAUUAUGGAGAUUUCCUUGGCUUGUUUGUUCAAUUCCUUUGGUGUAGUGAAAUGCUUAGUGGUUAAUUUCUUUAAAGCUAAUUUUUUUUGAGUAAAUGAUUAGUUUUUUAUGGGAGCUCAGCUUUUAGGCCUGGCUAAAUCUGUUAGUACAUUGUAGCUCUAACUUUCAAAGAAAUGGUAUUUAUUCAGUGCAUAUAUUUUUAUUAGGUUAGGCGUCGCCGCCUGGCCAGGUUGAACCAAGGUGCCAUACCAAUGUCCCAUGCUGCAUCUAACAAUCAAGCCAUUCCUGUAAGGACAAGCCUCAAACCCCUGUCAGAAGAUUCAGCUGUUAGUACCCAAGACAGUGGUUUUGGAUCUCUGUCACAAUCUUUUGAGUUUGAUGAUCACUCACAAGACACUGGGGAUAAGUGUGGCAAGCGUACCUCCCCAACUUGCUUAUCUUCUCCUUCAGAAAAUUUCAAAUCCAAGAGAACAAGGGAUGGAUUUGAUAAAGAUGACUCCUCCCAUAUGAAGUUGAAUGUCACAGACGAACAAAUUGUGAAAAGUCUUUGCAAUAUAUUUCAAGUCUCUUUGAAGAGCUCUGAGGUUUCUUGUCAAACAGUUUACUUACCAUCACUAGCAGGAGAUGUAUGUGACAUGAAUCUCAAUACAGGUAAAACAUUAUUAACUCAUGAAUUGGGUAUUUAAGCAGGUUAAAGGCAUAGUAAGGGGAUAAGAUUAUGCAAAUUAGAGUUUGGUCAAUCGUCUGUUAACUUUUUCUGCAGUUCCGUUGUCUUUCAGGUGUAUGUAUCAUUAGACAUCUCUUGGGCAAAAAGUUAAUAGUUUUAUGUAGAUGUGAAUGUUGCAACGAGAAUGAAACUGUAAAUCCAGAUAACUCAAAUUAAAUGGUUGUUAAAACUUCUGGUUAAUUAAUUUGUUGAUCAGGGAAAAUAUCGAUGGCAGCUUGUUUUAAGGUAAUUCCUCUGAAAUAAAAGUGACAAUAGAUUUUUGUUCAAACUUUGUCCGCUGAAUAUUUGUUAUUUUAUAACUUCAGUUUUGAAAUAAACUAGUGAGACAAUCUCAGAUAGUGCAGAGUGUAAUGCAGGACUGUCAUUAAGCUUCGAGUCAUCCUUUGUCUGUAUCUAGUGACUCUUAACUUGUUGGUUUGAGUGAAUUGUGUCAACAGCAGGCAAGUUCACCCAUAACGUUAAGAGCCCAACAAGCAUACAACACCGGUUUUUAUGGGUUAUGCCCUUUAAUGUCAGCUCGGUAAUGUACAGCAGUUGUAAUCCAGUCAUCUACAUAGGUGACGAGUAGUGAUCCCAAAGACAUCUUGGGCUUUGCCCCUUGACAAACAUGGGUGUAUACUGUAGAAACCUUGAUUUUAGUCAUUCAUGUAAUGUUAUCAUUGUGAGUGUGUGCACUUAUCAGAGAAAAAUAACUCGAAAUCACUUUUUUCAAUGCAAACUUGUAUUUCUUAAUCUUAAUCUUUUAAUGGAUAAACAGCAAGAACAACAACUGUCAUGGAUAAUUGCCAUGCUUUCACGCAUCUCAACAUCCCAGUGUUCCUAGCAGGCCCCAUUAUUGGCAAUUUCUGCCGAUUGCAAUACUACAAAUGCUAUGCCUUGUUGUUUACAAAUGACACAUAAACCAUUAUGUCCAGCAACAGUUCUUGGACUGUACAGCCCACAACAAAUAAUUAUCUCAAAUAAAUCAGCAUGGCUGAUUAGCUCAGGCAGACCCAAGUUCAACACCUUGGCCAAGCUAGUAAAUAGUUAACUGGUUUGCCUUCCUCCAGUUGGGGUUUUUAACCUUGUUGUUUGAUUUGAUUCAUUUGUUCCUGACAUUGAAUUUAUUCUUUUUAAACACACCGACGGUAAAUAAAGGUUAUUUAUUUAUUUUAGCUACAUAUAUGACAGUAACUUGGUUAUCUUGAAUUGUGUACGAGAUGUACAGCUUUAGCAGUGUAUAUAUACUUUGGCAUUGCUUUUGAGUAACCUCUUUGGUGUCUUUUUACUGCGUUAAGAAGACCACCCAAGUGACUUUCCAUACUCGUAGAUGGGCAUAUAUAUUCAGAGUACCAUUUGUGGUCGUUCUUGCUUAGAGAGAAAGCAGAUGAUGAUGGCAAGUUGUUUCUGAUUUGCAUAGAUCUUUUUCCAGAUGACUUACACAGCGUAUUAAAGUGACAUCCAUAAUUUUUUCUCAAAUUCUUUAGUAAUAGAAAUGUAGACCAUAUAGAGUGACAUCCAU